UAGAGUGUCUUUUGUCCGGUUUGGUUCGACGACGGAGUUGCGGUUGUUCGCAAAGCGGUGUUUCGAACGGGGGAGGACCUUUGGCUAGUUUUUAAUUUGUGCGUUCUGUUUUUACCCUCCGGUGCUCAAUUUGUUGGUGAAAUCGCGGAUUUUGAAAGGGGCCACGAGUGGAGGAGAGCCGUGUGUGAUAUUUUAAUGGAUUGCUGUUGGCGAACUUAGCGGAGAUUUUAGUCUCGAGGAAGUGUAGAAUUUUGGAGAAUUCUGACAAAGUGGAUGCUGGAAGUGAUGGCGUAGGGAUUCAGGUGGUUUUCCAGUGACAAAAAAGUUUACUCGAAGGAGGUUUUAUGUUGGAAAAGUGUUUGGCUUGAAGGAAGAAUCGAUUAGCUCCGCUGGGAGGGAGUGGGAGAGCAAAGGUGUGUUAUCAUCGAAAUUGGCUCCCGUUUUAUAGGAAAGUGUGAUUUACUUCCAUGGCGAGUCUCUUCUGAGUGAAAAAGUUCUUGUGCAAUGUGUUAGAAGUCUAAUUUCAUUCAUCGAAAGCGAAAAAAUCAUGCAAAUAAAUUUUAAUCGUUCUUUGUGAAUUGGAAAAACGAAAAAAAGGAAAGACAGACGGAUCUUGCUUUCCUUUAUCUUUCUUCAAUCAUCGGGCCAAACGGGUGAAUUUCGACGUUGUGCAGAGAAGAGAGCGGUGGAAAGAGAAAGAGGAUUACAUUUUAUUCUGUGUUUUCGGUGAAGGCUCUGGGUUCGAGCGAGAAAGCGGUUGAUUGAAGGCGAUUUGCAGCAGCCAGCCAACAUAAAGGUCGAACAGAAGUAAUUCAAUCAUUCCUACCGAAUCACGCUCCAGGCCUUCCGUCAUCAGCGAUGGGAGCGCCUCGAAGCAGUAGCAUCAGUGGAAACGACGGCAAGGCCAAUACCAAAGUGAAGCUCCAAUCCUGCCAUCCUCGAACCUCUCCGAAGACUACCGGAACCACCGACAGCAGUAGUUGUAGUCGAAUCGCCAUCACACGUAGCCAUCACAAGAAACGCCAUUCCUCCAUCACCAGCACUGACAUGAUCUCAUCAACGCAAAACUGGCGAAGCUCUAGUCCCCUAUUGACUAUGGGUGCCGCAAUAUUGCUCAUCGUCGUUUUUUGCAGUAGCCAAUGCACUAGUGUACAAGCAGCGGAUUCGUUCAUCCUGAAGAUCCGCACGACUGAGUUUUCCAACAUUAGCGAAACGCCAAACUUCCUUAGCUCAACUUCGUACAGUAGCCGCGGGAUGGCACCGUUGUACAAUCUGACCAACCUGGUGAUCAAGCUGUUCGUCGGUACAGAGCCGGUGCCGGAAGGUUAUCUAAUCGUCCGGGAAGGAGCCAUCGACGCGGGACCAAAUGUACAGGAAAACAACUGGGGACCACUCCUGAAGGAGUACUGGGCCGUCCUUUUGGUGACGGUCAUCUGCGUCCUGCUCAUCGCCCUAAUGCCCAUCAUCGGCCUGUGCCUGUGCUGCUGUCGGUGCUUUGGCGGAUGCGGUGGUCGUUCGCAACCGUUCGAUAAGAAACAUGAUACCUGCCGGCGGGUGGUGCUGGGUUUGCUGCUGAUUUGUACCACGUCUUCACUGGUGUUCGGCGUGGUUAUUGCUUACGCCACCAACAGCUACAUACAGCAAGGUGUGGAGAACAUCACCACCUCGGCACGGUACGGCGUCGACGAUACACGUGAAUUCCUGCAGUCGACUUCGCGUCAAAUUUCCCAACUCCUGGACGUCAACUAUCAGGAACUGAACACCGAACUGAAGAAAACGUUGAACGAAGCUUCAGAUAUCAUCAUCCAACGACUAGAAGAGGAGUCCAAGGCAGAAAAGCUCAACACGCUGAAUGCCUUUGUCGAGCAGCUUCCGGCCAUCAAAAACAAUCUGGAUCGAAUGACACUGCUGACGCGGGAACUGCGGGUCAAUGCUUCCCAGCUGAACGAUGGAUUACGUGGCGUUAAGCGUGAACUCUUAGCCUCGUUGACCAAAUGUGGCACCCAGGAGUGUAUCGACGUGAUGGCGGACUACAAAAUCGGCCGGUUGGAUAUCAAUGGAAUCGACUACAAUUCGAUACAGGACAGAUACUUCCCACGGUUGCCGGAUUUGACUGAUAUCACCAACAGCGUUCAGGAGCUGGUCUCCGGUAACAUUGCAAAGGCAGUGCAGGAGGGAGUACGGGACUUGGAGAGAAUGAAGCAAGCACUGAAGCGUACCGUGACCGACAGCAUCCCACUGGUGAUGGCAGCCGCAGAUUCCACAGGGCGUGCCAUCAAAUCCGCUUCCGAUGAGCUCACGUCGAAGUUGUACAGCGUUAACGAUAUGAUUGGGAACAACACGUAUAGGCAUCUGAAUACAGCUGAUUCGUACAUUGCACAGUACAGUAUCUAUCGGUACUAUGCAGGCCUGGCAGUGAGUUCGAUUCUGCUGCUGAUUCUGAUGUGUUUGAUCUGUGGUUUGUUGUGUGGAAUCUGCGGAAAGAGGCCGGACGGCUAUGGGGACGAUUGCUGCAAUAAAGGAGCCGGAGGACGGUUCUUGAUGUUUGGUGUCGCCAUAAUCUUCCUCACCUUUUCGGUCAUGUUGGCAUUCACGUUAGUUUCUUUCCUGGCGGGAAGUCUCUUCCGACGAGGUGUCUGUGAUUCGCUGAAAAAGCCCCACGACAGUCAAAUGAUCACCUACAUUGAUGCGUACUUUAAUGUGAAUAAACACUACGAAAGAAUCGGAACCCAGAGUGCACGGUCCAAGUGGAAGCUGCAGGGUACCAAUCAAAAGCUAGAUCCGAUUCGAAUCGCUGAUGUGAUUGAGUCCUGCCGUGGUAACAAUUCGAUUUAUGAGGUACUGAAACUGUCAAACUUCUACGACAUCAAAGGAAUUCGACAGUUCCCAGAGGACUACGGUAUCAUUCGGGAACUGAACGCCCUGACGGAGAAGAUUGAGAUUGGACAGGUGGAAAUUUUGAAUGAACAAGCCAAAAAAGAUAUCGAAAUUUUAAGGGACUCCCGUUUGAAUGAUUUCGAAGCGUACAAGUUUGUCGAUCACUUGACGGAUAACAUCACGCAGAAUAACCUCAAUGACAUUGCCGAUAGAUUACGCACGGUGGCCAAGAAGGCUCCAUCGGGCAAGGAUAUGAACGAAAUCAAAGUUAAUUUGAUGAAUCAGGCUCUGCAUUUGUCGUCCUAUCAGUCCAAUCUAGUUGAUCCGAUGGUUCGUUACACCAAAGAACUCGUCAAUCUAUCGACCACACUCGAGGAUAACUUGAAGUUCGGCCAUGAUUCGUUUGCGGUUGCCAUCGAUGAUUUCCUGACCGAGAUCCAACAGGCCGAAACGUACAUCAACGGCAAAGGACAACCGUUCGUGGAACAGGUGACCACCGAACUGACGAAUGGCGUUCUGGGGCAUAUUUAUGCCUAUCUCGAUUUGGUGAUCGAUUCGACCAGCAAAGACAUUGGUCGCUGCGGGCCACUGAACAAUGUGUACGAAUCGAUGCAGGUGGCCACCUGCCAUAGGAUUGUGGAUCCAUUCAACGGCUUCUGGGCCGGCGUGGGAUGGUGCUUGGCCAUCUUCCUGCCUUCGAUCGUACUGUGCGUGAAACUGUCCACGCUCUACUCCAAGUCUGAUCCCUAUCCGGGACCACUGGUCGAAUCGGAAUACCUGUAUGAUGCUUACAGUGAGCGGGACAACAUCCCACUAGCGAGUGGUCCAAAAAACAAGCGCCGUAAGAAGAACGAUCGUCGUCGGGAAUCCCGCGAUCGGCGUGACGUGUACUACGAAGAUGGAAGUCCUUCCGGAGGACACAGUCGGGAACCGAGAUACAAUGAUAUGGCACCAAAAAACUGGGACGGUGCUCCACCACGCUAUCAGAAUCCACCGAUGGCCCCUCCAGCGACCGAAUACGAGCGUCCACCACCGUACUACUACCCGGGUGCACCCAGCGAGCAUGAGUAAAUCUCCUACGAUAUUAUCAACCCCGAAGAGAUCCAGUCACUCAUGCGAUGUCAGUUGGAUGGACUAACUUUCUCUACAUUAUGCUCGGAAAAAUUCGGUCGGGAAGUUGAGUUCAUAUCGCCGCUGCCAAACUGCUGGUGACAUUGGAUUGAUUUUAAGCUGUCACAUUUGCAAAAACGUUUAGCAAGCCUUUUUGUAGAAUUGAAGGCACGUUAGAAAGCUGAUCAUCACAAAAAAAAAAAAAAAACUCAAGAGAGAAAGCCGUACACAUUAGUGAAUCCAGAAAAGUGUAGAUAAUUAUUACCUUCCUACCUUUUUGUUUUGUUUCGUUCAUGAGAAUUGAAUUUUCUUUUUUAACCCGUUCGUCGAUCAAACUUUAUUAGGUGUCACAUUUAAGAUGUGUAGAAUUCGUUUUAAUGAAUCGCAAAUAAAUUGAACUAGAAUUCAUUCCAAAAUCCGAUUUGCUCAAACAACAACAAAAUACAAGUAAACAAAUUGAUGAGUGCUCUUUCCAGUUCUUUUUAUUAGGUAUUCAGCUAUUUGUGUAAGAUUUUACAUGAGAUUAUUACGCUCGGGAGACCAAAUAACCAAAUGAACGAAAGUAAACCCCGGUACGUUGAAUUUGAAAACAAACUGCCAUUUUUUAGUCCGCAUAUACGUUUGCAACACCUUGUUAUGUCCCAAGUGAGAACCAUUUUCCUCUUGAAACUGAUCAACUCAAAACACAUAAUAUACAAUCUGUAUUCAACCAGAUACGAAUACAAAUGUUGGGAAUUUGUCGAACUGUUCUAAAACUGAUGUUUUUUCUGUCACUUUGAAUGCUCCUAGUACUGCUACUAUUACACUCACACACGAAAGCAACACUCUACUGAAUUAGUCGUAAUUUGCCGAGUACCAAUUAUAUAGUUAAUCCAAUCUUUUGAUAAUAACAAAACAACAAAGUAUAGAUAAAAGGCUGAUUAAUUCUUAACAAAAACAAAAGAAGAUUAUGACAAAAGCAAAUGCAAAAGUGCAGACAUGGGUAGGCGAAAGCAGAAAAGAGAAAAGGGACGAAUAAUUUAGGGUGAUUCAAUGAUUAACAGAAAUAUAGUGAUAAUUUUUUUAAAAUAGGAAUCGUUUAGGUUCGAUUAUGAAAAUUGUGAUUACGUUUAGUUGAAGUUUUCCUUUUUCUGAGUGAGCAAAUUUUAUGAGCAUUAUGUAGGAAUCUCGCUCUUAGUUUCUUUCGUUGUUUAUGUUUUUCCUAUGUACAUUUUCAGGUUCUUUUUAACAUAAUGAGUAAGGAUGAACGCGAAGAAAUUUUGAUACGAAUACAUCAAUUGUUAUGGAAACCUUCAAAUGAAAAAAAAAAAACGAUUUACCUAUCCUUCAUCACAGCAAACUGUGCUGGUCGGUUUCCAUAACGACAUCAAACCGGAUUCUACAACGGUGAAUGAUCAAUUUUCUUCGCGUUAAUCUUCCACAAUCACAAACGAACUACUAAAAAAUGCUGAUCAUUGAUUUGUCAAUACAAUAAACAAUUCGAGGUUAACUACAGCAAGUAAGGGAAUUAGUUACAGCAGACUGCUUGAUAAGUAUAGAGACAACAAUGAUCGAAUACAGAAUAUUUAACAGAAACCAAUACAAUAUACAAUUCGAAUACACUCACAGACAGUACUGUUUGAUAUUUGAAAAUAAUGUAGUGGAAGCUACCGCAAAAGAGAAAAGGAAGAAACGCUGAAAGGUGUCAUCGAAAGACCAGUUCUUUUUGCUCAUUGAUCGUGGUUUUCGAUUUUAUCGAAGUGGGCAAGUUGCAUUUAGUUUUUACUUUAAAUUAGUAGUAAUUGAUCACAACUUUUCCCUCGAUAUGAACAAUUGGGAAGGAGAAGCGAUUAGAAAAGAAAGCCUCAAAAUGGCUGCCGUUUAUAUUUUGUACGGGAGGAGGCAAAAAUUGUCAUUUGAUGAAAGAUUGUUCAAAAUCAUACCUUACAAGCAAGAUAAAUUGAUAAAAGACUUUACAUUACUUUCAUUGUAUCUAUCAAUGUAAAAAAAAACAUGUUUACGGUGUAAAAAAAGUAAAGAAAACAAUGAUUAAUAACACUUCACUCGAUCAUCACUUUAGAUGUUCAAAUACACACACACACACAAGUAAAAAGAAAUCACAUACACGAAAUUCGAUAUACAACUGUAAUACGUGUCUUUGGUCGCCAUGGGAGCAGAUCAGUAAUGAUUGGACUACCAACUAAGAUUUGAAAGUGAUCGUAACGAUUAAAUAAAAGUGCUAAAUAAUCCGAUUA